AGUGACGUCACUUUGGCGCGGAACGAUCGCUGUAUUUUUGUCCAGCGCGGGAGUUUGUGUUUUUUCAUGUGAAUUUUAUGUUUAGUUUUUUGGACUUGUCCUGUGAAUUAAACGUUCUUUCAGGAGUUAUUGUGAAGAAGAUUUUGAAGACGACAUGCAGCGAAGCAUCGCGUCCUUCUUCCAACCCAAGGGCAAAGACAAAGCUGUUGAGAAGAAAACCGAGGCACCGGUGAAGAAACCCACCAAAAGCCCUCUAAAGGUGCAGAACGGCAUCCAAGAAGCCGAGUCACCCAUCAAGAAGGUUGUCAAACGCAGCCGCCAGAUCCUGGACAGUGACGAUGAUGAGGUAUCAAUUGCUGAAGAUCAAGUCACUAUCAAGAUGCAAGAAAACAAAGAAGCCAUCGAUAAAACCGAACAGGAUGAUGACGUGUCCAAAGCUGUUCCCACACCACUGUCUCCUCCGCCAGCCAUGACCACCCCCGUUACUCCGUCAGUGCCGUCCACCCCGGCCUCUUCAGCCACACCCGGAACCCCCGGCACGCCCAGCUCCAUCUCGCCGUCUGGGAUUGUCAAACGCAAAACCGCGAGGAAGACAUUUCCCAAGAGGAGGCUCGAUGAGAGCAGGAGCAGCAGUGAGAGUCGGACAGGGGAGGCCGAGGAGGAGCCACGUCAGCAAAAUAAACGCCCCCGCGUGGAGAGUGGCGAGAACGGCAAUGAACCCAUGGAGGAAGAAAGUGCUGAAAAAGCAUUGACCGAAACCCAUGGUGCAGAAGAGGAGGUGGAGAACGAGAAGAAAGAGGAAGAGGAGGAGCGCGACGAGGAAAAGGGAAAGAAAGCUGAGGGUGCAAAAAAGAAAAAUGAAGCCAAGGAGAAGACAGUUGAUGAGAGAGGGCCUUCCUCUGGUGACGAGGAGGUUGAAAAGGACACGGGAGAUGGAAGAGAGAGCCCAAAAAGUCAGAUGGACAAAAAACAGAAAGCAGGGAAAGAACAAAAAGAUAAGGAGCCGGCCAAGAAAGCCCCAAUCAGCAGUUUCUUUGUACCUAGAAAAGCUGCAGUCAAGAAGAAGGAACCAGAGAAGAAAGAAGCCGAGGCAAAGAGUGUGGAGAAGAAAAGUUCCUCGGAGGAGAGUAAAAACAUAAAAGGUGAGUCGUCUUCAGGACAGACAGAUUAUGAUCCAUCCAGGCCCGGCUACCACCCAGUGGACCAUGCCUGCUGGCAUCAUGGGCAGAAGGUGCCGUAUCUGGCCGUGGCUCGCACCUUUCAGAAGAUUGAAGAGGAUUCUGGCAGGCUACGAAACAUCGAGACGCUGUCGAACCUGUUCCGCUCCGUGCUGCUGCUCUCUCCAGACGACCUGCUGUGCUGCGUGUACUUGUGCCUGAACCAGCUGGGUCCUGCCUAUUUGGGCUUGGAGCUCGGUGUCGGUGAGAUGGUGCUGAUGAAAGCUCUGGCCCAAGCAACUGGACGACAGUUAGACAAAAUCAAGGCAGAGGCGCAAGACAAAGGAGAUUUGGGCCUUGUGGCUGAGAGUUCCCGUAGCAACCAGCGCAUGAUGUUCCAGCCCGCCAGCCUGACAGCAGGGGGUGUGUUUAAGAAAUUGAAGGAAAUUGCCAGCAUGAGUGGGAACUCGGCCAUGAAUAAGAAAAUCGACAUCAUCAAAGGCCUCUUUGUGGCGUGCCGCUUUUCAGAGGCCCGCUACAUAGUCAGGUCCCUGGCAGGGAAGCUGAGGAUCGGUCUGGCUGAACAGAGCGUCCUGGCGGCUCUAAGCCAAGCCGUCUGCCUGACCCCACCAGGACAAGAUUUCCCACCUGCUGUGACUGACGCCGGGAAAGAGAAGAGCACUGAGAGCAAGCGGGCGUGGAUGGAAGAGAAGAGUCUGAUUCUCAAACAGACUUACUGCGAGAUGCCUAAUUAUGAUGUCAUCAUCCCUGUUUUGCUGAAAGAGGGCAUCGACCAGCUCCCCAAUCACUGCAAGCUCACCCCAGGUGUCCCUCUCAGGCCCAUGUUGGCUCACCCCACCAAGGGGGUCGGUGAGGUGAUGAAGAAGUUCGACGAAGCAAUGUUCACCUGCGAGUAUAAAUAUGACGGCGAGCGUGCACAGAUUCACAUUCUGGAGAAUGGUGAAGUGCGAAUAUUCAGCCGCAACCAGGAAGACAACACCAGCAAAUACCCAGAUAUCAUCUCUCGUGUUCCCAAGGUGAAGGGUCUAAGGAUUUUACCAUACCUGGACAACUGGCUGAUCUGUGCCCCCACUUAUGCCCAAGCUGUUAGCGACACUCAGACUGUCCUCGCCCAUGUGGCCAAUUGGUGUGGACGGCAUCUUGGAGAAGCUGCCUCUGUUUCGGGUGGACAGGCUGUUACCAUUUGUCCUGUAUCUCUGCGCUCUAUGCAAAUGUGGCUGAACGAAGUUCAUAUAAUCCCUUCCCGGCACACCUACAGGUACAAGAGACUGCACGUGUCGCCUCAGUGUCUCGACUCCCUGUCCCAGUGGAGAGAGAGGUCUUGGCUGCUGAUUGGUGUGCUGUUGGGCUCUCUUCCCUCUCGGAGAGAUGUGGAAAAUGUCCCUCCAGCCAGGCCCAGAGGGACAUCAGAUGUAGGCUCAGUACUCUUCAUCUCGUCCUCGUGGCUGGACUUGGCGGUGUGGGUUUCUGUGUGCUGUUUUGCGUUUGUGUGUGUGCAGUCCCUGGUGCGACAGCCGCUGUGUCGGCGGCGCGCUCUGCUGAGAGAAAGCUUCUCGGAGGUGGAGGGAGAGUUUGUCUUCGCCCGAUCAAUCGACUCCAACAACACAGACGCCAUCGCAGAGUUCCUGGAGCAGUCUGUUCGAGAUUCCUGUGAGGGUCUGAUGGUGAAAACUCUGGAGAAAGAUGCCACUUACGAAAUCGCCAAACGUUCUCACAACUGGCUCAAGCUGAAGAAGGACUACCUGGAGGGCGUGGGCGACACCGUGGACCUGUGUGUGAUCGGAGCCUACCUGGGGAAAGGCAAGCGGGCCGGCACCUACGGAGGCUUCCUGCUAGCCUGCUACGACGAGGAGAACGAGGAGUUCCAGUCGGUCUGUAAGAUUGGGACAGGCUUCAAGGAUGAUGAUCUGGAGCAUCAUUACAAGUUCUUAAAGGAGCACAUCCUGCCCAAACCCCGUGCCUACUAUCGGGUUGACCAGUCAGCAGAGCCUGACGUGUGGCUCGACGCCGUGCAGGUGUGGGAAGUGAAGUGUGCCGACCUGUCGCUGUCGCCAGUCUACAAGGCUGCCAUGGGAUUGGUGGAUCCAGUCAAAGGGAUUUCUCUGAGGUUCCCUCGUUUCAUUCGGAUUAGAGACGACAAGAAGCCUGAAGAUGCCACAAGUGGACAGCAGAUCGCCGACUUGUACAAGAAGCAGCAGCAGAUUCAGAAUCAGGGAGACAAAGCUGACCUGGAGGACUAUUACUGAUCACAACUAAUCACCAGCGUGGAUUCCAGCACAAUUGUAAAUAUUCUUUUUUUUUUUUUUA